UCCCUGACGUAAGGUUACCCUUUGUCCCACUGCGUGCGUCCAACCGAUUCAGUAGAUCUCUGUAAACCACGCUACUACAACCAGGCACGGGAGUACCUCCAGAGUCUAUCACGAGAGCUAGGAGUCUAUCAAGUCAUCAGUAUCGUUUCGGGUUGUUGGUUUCUAACGAGGGUUUGAUUGAGAGGUUGGGGGUUUUGUGUUGUUGUCGUCGUCACAUGUUCCACCCGCCCCUCCCCGAGAGAGAGUGUAGUAGUACCCCGACUGAAGGCCGACCGGGCGGGUUGGACAAGAUGGCGGGAGCCACCGAGAGGGAGUUCCGCGGAACGUCGGUGGCCGUUUCGGUGAAGAUUCUCUUCGUGGUGGUGUUGUCGCUUGCCGUGGCGACGCUGUGCGGGUUUUACUUGUGUUUUGCGCAGAUUGCGGAGCUCAGGACGCGGUUAGAAGGGACGUGCGAGUGCCGAGACACGGGCGGGGAAGGAGGCGUCCGCGCGCCGCCGGGGGGACCUACCGUCCGCUCGGACCCUCGGAGGGGUGUCCCUGACGACGCAGACGACAUUUACCUCAGGAAACGAUCGCGCCGGCGGAGAGACGGCAUGGGCAUGAACAUGGACACUACCGGUUCCUACCUGUGGAUUCCGGCCUACUCUAGAAUACCGGUGGACGUUCUUACAAGCUUCUGUAACAAGACCAGGGAGUUCUGUCCUCCGGGAUUACCUGGACCGCAAGGGUUGCCUGGUACAGACGGGACGGUUGGCCCCGCUGGUCCGGCCGGACAGCCCGGCUUACCCGGCGAGCCCGGCCCGGUAGGUGAACCCGGACCUCCCGGUGACAUGGGCCCGCCCGGCCUUCCCGGGGACCCUGGUAGCGGAGCAACCGAAGCGUUUGUUCCGGUCCCGGGUCCGCCAGGGAGGCCCGGGAUCAUUGGGCCCCCCGGGCCUCAAGGCCCACCGGGUCAGAAGGGCGAUGGCGGUACAAACGGAGAGAAGGGGUCGGUAGGAGCGCCUGGGAAGCCCGGAGUUGACGGACUACCCGGGCUAGACGGUCUGCCUGGUGCACCAGGACCGAUGGGACCUCCGGGUCUCCCCGGGGAGGACGGACAACCCGGACCGAAGGGAGACGUGGGGCCGGUCGGGCCGCGAGGCAAGAGAGGCGAUACAGGAGCAGGCGGCUCACCCGGCGUUCCUGGGAUGAAAGGGAGCAAGGGAUCUCCGGGAUUUCCUGGAAUGUUCGGACCGAAAGGCGACAAGGGAGCUCCGGGACUGAGGGGACCGCCGGGCAUGACGGGAAAACCGGGGGAGAAAGGGGACAGUGGGAAUCGGGGUGAAUCAGGAGUGCUGACCAGCUCGGAGUUUGGGUCUGUGAUCGUGCAAGGCGAGCCGGGUCCGCCUGGACCAGCUGGACCGGCCGGGCCGCCCGGACCCCGCGGGACCCCUGGUAUACCCGGCCCGAGGGGGCCAAAGGGUAGCUCCGGUACCAUGGACAAAGUCGUACUGGAAAGGCUGGCUCGUUGUGCGGAAAACAAGACAGAGUCUCUUCAGGUCGGCACUGAGAAUGAAAUCCCACUAGAAGCACCACAGGGGAAGAAGGUGGACAAAACCAAUGGCUGCGUGGACCGCAUCCUGAAGUCGGUAGGGGGCGCUGAGACCGUGCUGAAAAACGGCGCGUACUGGGGCGCGUGGAUGACGGACCCCCAGCAGUCACGUGACGCCAAAGGGGACAAGUUUUGGAUCAUGCCACACUUUGAAGGCUUGCACGUGGAAGGAUACAAGACGUUGGACGACGUGAAGUGGCGGCGCGACCCCACCUCCUACGAACUGCCAAACUACUACGAGGGUACGGGUCACGUGGUCUACAACGGCUCCCUGUUCUACCACGCUGCCGGGUCCCGCACCAUCGUCAAAUACGACCUCGCCUCCCGCAAAGUUUCCGCGACCACCAACAUCCCAAAACUCGGGUACCGCAGUCCUAAAUACUUGUACAAGUACGAUUACUCGUAUGUAGACCUAGCUGUGGACGAGCACGGUGUGUGGGUGAUAUACGCCAGCCCAGAGAGCGAUGGUAACAUCGUUGUCGCCCUGCUAGAUGCCAAGACGUUACGCGUGGUAAGAACUGUAAUGACGAACCACAUGAAGAACUCGGCGGGGGAGGCGUUCGUGACAUGCGGCGUGCUGUAUGCCACGCGAAGCCCGUACGAAUCGGACACCAACAAGAUAGACUACGCCUACGACUUGUUCACCGAGAAGGAGUUGGACGUUGGCGUUCCGUUCCAGACAGCACACGGCAUGCUCGUCAUGUUGUCGUACAACCCUCGGGAGCAGGUCCUAUACGGCUGGGAUAAGGGGUAUCUCGUCAGAUAUUCUCUCAACUUCUGAACAUAGAAACUGAAUUAUCCUAGGAUCUCACGCCAAGGUCUGGUUGAAAUUUGUAACAGAAUUUUGAAAGUCCUGGCGUAAGAAAUUAUCCAACGGGAAAAUGCACUGUACCUCUGGCGUAAGGAAUAUCUAUUUCCAAGUCUACACAUACGAAGUGACCAACGGGACAAGCAUUUUAUGCUAAAGUUAUCUUAUCCUAGGAUCUCAGGCACGAACCAGGGACCUGAUCAAACUUUUGUUAUCAAUGUCGAGUUUAAACACAAAGAAAGAUCCAUGUCAAAUACUCCACUGGGAGUAGGCUGAAGGACUAUCUCGUCAGAUCUAAAAAUAUGGACAAUAUUUUUUUACUUCAACAUAUCUUGAAGUAAAAAAAAAAUAUCCGAGGAUCUCAACUUACCAGAGUUUUUACACAAGAAAGAAUUCACGAGAAAUGUCCAAUACAGAUUGAAAUAAGGGCUAGCUCGUUAGCUAUUACUCUGUUUCUGAAAUCGGAUUUAAAUCCGUAAUAAAAGCGUCUAAUAAAUCUUGAAACGUUUUCCCACACACCAAGGAAAGUUCAGAUGCUCAGUUUUCACAGAGCCAAGUUUCAUUCUAUUCCGAUAGCCACAUCUAAUGAUAAACUAUAUUGAGCUAUUUGAUGAUUGUCUCUGUGUAAAAAGGCUGUACAAAUUAUGUACGUCUACUUUCUUUGUCGUUAAAUUAUAUUGCUAACUUCGAUAUAGACUACAGAAACGUUUAAGGCAUUAUUUGAUACUUAUGUCCACGUAUGAUAGUUAAUUGGUACAAACCAAACGAUAACAAAUUAACUUAUGAAACACACUGAGAGUAUCAAUUAAUUACAGCACAACUAACCAAAUGAAUGCAAACUUUUUGCCCUUGCGAUGGGCGCUAGAUAUUUUACAGCUGGUAGAAAUCAAACUCACUAUUGUUUCCACAUGAUAACGCGUAGCUCAACGCACUGUUAUAUGUACAUUGUAUAAAUGUUUAUUUAUGCAUAUAAGGUCAUGUUGGUUCAAUUAUAUGGAUUUAAUUUUUGAUUAUACUAUAAAACGUACAAAGCAGCUGCAAUGUUGGCAAAUGUUAACCGUAAUUUGCCAAAACUAUCGGAAACCGAUACAAAUGUAGUAAAAUUCGAAGAAGGUGUGAAAUACCAUCCAUAUGAUUGAAUCAACAUGGCUAAUAUUUUUAUAAUAAGCGUGGAAAGAAGCUAGCGUUUUAAUUUUUCAAGCUUUAUGUUAACCUCAUUUAUGCACUCAUUCCGUUUGUAUCACACCGUCCAGUCUAACAAUUUUUCCUUCUAAAUUUUUCAUAAGUACGCCCUGUUGUCAUUUAGUACUUCCAAGGAUGUUAUAUAACCUCCUUGGUACUUCAUACAAAACAAGGGUGUAUAAAUGCUAUGAUAUUGCCUUUAGUUUGCUGGGUUCUUGAUCUGAUACAUGUAUGUUCCUGCGCUGUGAUUUCUGUAUGUUUCGCUAGAGGGGGCGCAUGGCAAAUUUGCAUGACCAGCAAGAUGAAGUUUACCCAGGUCCAAUUGUUCAAGUGAAUAUGUCACGGCACACAGCGUCUUUGAUUGUCUUGUUGGGAAUUUCUUCUUAUCCCUUCAAUUUUACAUAUCUUUUGCAAGCGUGUUCAACUUUGUAUCCUUCAUUUGCAUAGUCGCCAGCAGACAAUUUUUACAACCGUUUUCAACAUCUCAGGUAACUUGAAUUAACAUCAAUAGCUACAUCAGUAACACUAUGUAUAUACUGUUUGCAAUUUGGACGGACCAAAUGUUUCUGUUGGGAGUGGGCUGCAAAAUAAUGGGGCAAUUAAAUAGUUUUUUGGUUGAAAAUUUCCCGAAAGAGGCGAGAGAAAUGAAACAUGGUCCCAUGUAUUAAAUGAUAACUGAGGUAAAUAUUUUCAUUUUGUGUUCCCACACCCCUAUGAUCACAGUGGCCCGUUCCUUAGCAUAUUUUCCGUACAAGUUUUGUAAAAAGAUAGCUUUUUAUUGUGAGCUUAAAGUACAGACAGGAAUUCAAAGAAUCUAACAUGAUUACAGACCAAUUGCAAACCGGAAAGAACAUUUGAUAUGGGAACAUGGACGGCAACAUAGACAUACACUUCCGAUGAAAAUGCUUGAUUGCAAGAAACAAAAUAUUGCCUGGCAUUUAACAUCAUUGACAGCUGACUUCUAACAGCUGAAUGUGUGUUGAAAUUGCAAAUGGGAGAAACUGGCUCAUUUUUAAGUCGGAGGCUUUUGUAUGCAACGUUAACAUAUUGUUGUGAUUUCUGUCAUAUAAUCUUUGCGGCGUAAGAAUGUAUUUUGUUACCUUGUCUCUGAUAUGUACAUUCUCUGUUACCAUUAUAACACCAGAAUAAAGAUAAUGAUCAGUUGA